UGCGUGCAGACAUCGAUAAAUCGAUUAGUUCGCUGCUUAAAAAUUAAUAAAAACACAAAAAUGAAACCGAGAUCACAGAAAGGUCAAGGAAAACCCAAUGGAAAACCAAACAAAGGCCCUGGCAAGGUGGCCCACAACCAAAAGCCCUACUUCAAGAGCAAAAACAACCAAAAGGCCAAAGGGGAAAAGCCAAAUAAACCGGAGAUUCGGAAUAUGAAACGCAAGGAAAAGGCUGCCCAGGAGGCUGCGGAGCGGGAGAAAGUCCGGGCGGAGCGGGACGCCCAGGUGAAGGCCUAUAAAAAGAAGCGCCUGGAGAAAACCAAGGCCAUCAGCAAAAGGACCCAAAAAGGACAGCCCUUGAUGAAGGAUCGCAUGCAGCUCCUGCUGAAGCAGAUCGAGGAGAUGAAGCGCAACUAAGUGAGUCGCAGGACCUUCCUGCUACACUAGGAACACUUCCUCAGCCUUAGAAUCAGUUGCUCAUUUACACAUGUGGUGUACACAAAAACGUUUACUUUUAGAGUAGGUUUACUUUAAUUUUUAAUUACAAUAAAUUGUUUUUCACGACCAUGUUCUUUUGAAAAAUGUUUUGUAACCAUGUUUAAAUAUUGGUCUUCCAAUGUAUUCUUUAUUUAUAUAUUCUAAGUACUUAAAAUCCGAUUUUGUAGUAUAUGUUUUCUCUCUUACUGAUUUGUGUGCAUUUAUUCUUAUUUUGAAUUUUGAAAACUCAUUGAGUGUAUACGACUUUAUAUAUUUCAAGACAAUAAUACACUUUAUUUAAAACAAA